AUGUACAUAUGCACCUUAUGCGGAGGGCCGCUUAUGCCCUCCGAACCCUGGCGGGAUCCUCCUGUCGCACGUGCGGAGUGGGAUCAGGAAAUCCGAGCAGUUACCUCACUCGGCCGGGCCCAGGGCCCAAUUCUUACCGGUAUCGGCCUACUCUACGACACUACACUUGUCGCCAACACGAACCCCUACAGGCACUACCGGUACCCAGACUCUGAAAUUUCAUUCGACCUAUCCGACACACAUCCCAUCUUCUGGGCCUACCCCUUUCACGAAGCCUGCUUCAAGAUGCUUCUUUUCCACCUGCCGCCCAUGAGGCUCGAGAAGCUCGCGGCUCCCUUGUUUCAUAUCUUCCGGUGCACCACGAGCGAUGCGGCCGGGAAAAUGAUGCCAAGGCACGGGUAUGGUGACGCGAAGCGCUUUCUCACGGACAGGCGUCGGUUUUUCCUAUGGGAGGAUUCUGAUCUCGCUAGGUCUUUGGCGCAUCUUAGGUCUGAUCCGGUAUCCUUCAAGUGGAUACGAGAUGUCGACAAAUACGUGCUGAGCAACACGCGCAUAAGCGAGAAGGUGAGCGCUAUAUUUUACGAGAGCCCCGCGGGACUCAUCUCGGACGUGUAUCGUCUGGAAGAGGCUCGUGCAACCGAUUGCUUUUCCCGAUUGUCCCAGGAUAUCCUGUACCAUCUCGCCAACCAUGUUUCGACGUUGAGCCUCGCCAAGCUACGUCUUGCCUCCCGUAGCGUGGCUGCUCAACUCCAACCCACACAGCUCCCGCAGGCGUUUUGGGCGAGCCGCUUCUGGGUCGACUUCCGCUACGAGAUGAGCUUCUGCUUCGCUGGAUGUCCGGAGCUCGAGAGGCUAUCACUACCGCCCAUUCGCAAUUGGCGCGUGUUUUACGCGGUAGCCCGCAUGUCCAAGCGUCAGUUCUUCCAGUGGGGCGAGGCCAUCUGCGGACCCGACACCCUCGUGAUAUUGCACCGGCGCCACAUACGCAACGUGCUCGCAAGCAUAGCCGAUCCACUGCUCUCCCUGUUGAGGAUGCCUGAAACGAGCUGGUGCGCUGCUUCCUCUGGGGAUCCUCCCGGCUCCAUCGUGGAUCCCAAGCGGCACGGCAACGGACCGGUGGUGAGAAUUCACUGGACGCGACGACCGGAAAGUUUGGAGAGAUUGCCGCCCUUCCAGUUUAACGUAUAUCAAUGGGGCCUCUUCCACUUGGCUAAGCAUAUGAGCAAGAGGGGAAUCGAGCUUACGGUAUCGCUGAUCACAUUUGAUGGGUUUAGGUACAUCUCGGGGUUUACUGUGAAGUAUGGCUCUAGCGAUGAUGCCAAUGUCACACGGGCGGGAGUCUACACAACCGAUUCCUUUGACAGGACCCAGUUUGCUGCCGGAGACGAGAUCUUAGAAUUACAUGUCUACAGCAGAGUAGAUGGUGUGGUCGGCCUAGUUUUUACCACCGUUGGGAAAGACGGCGACGAGCGUGAACUAACAAACCACUCUCUUGGUCUCUGUGAUGUCUCAGAUUCAGAAGUCGGUGUGGCAGUGUUGAAUCCUGGACCAGGGAAUAAGAUUUCUGGCCUAGGCCUGGCUUUUGAUAUUUGCCGCUGCAUAUCCGUACGUGUUCUCGAGUGUCCGCGCAGUCCCAACGCGGCACCUCUUCCCAGCUCGUCAAAUCCCGAUAUCCGCCGGCAUCCCGUGCCGCUGUGGUAUCCCCACUCACCGCCACGCACCGUACGAUGGACCCAAGCCGGCCGGCAGCCACAACGUCCCCGAAAAUGCACCACCUCCCCCUUCUACCGCACUCUUCUCUUCGGCGGGCACGACGGUUCUCUGCUCCCCAAGUUAAACCGAAUCACCGCCUUCGGUGGACCGCUCUUUUGGAGGCACUGCCUCCUUAGUCAUGCCGUGAGCUACCUACGAGGCCUCUGUUUCUACUACGACGACGGAUCCUGCCUCGGAGAUAGAUCCUUCUGGCAUACGAGCUGUACCCGCCUCGCGGACACACCGCCGGCGGAACAAUCUUUUUUAAUUGACGGAAAAAAUGGCGAGCGCAUCGUAGAGAUACGAGCGUUGAUAAAUGUUGAAGCAGGCUCUUCGAGCCGCACUGUGAGCGGAGUCCGUGUCGUGACCAACUUCGGGCGUCACACGCUGUUCCAGACGGUUGCGGUCUGGGAUUGCCAAUCUCACCGUGGCCUGCCCAAGGUUCUCCGAGCCCCGAGGGGGGAGCUCAUUACGGGAAUCGUCGUAGAGAUGUCUGAAUAUCCUGGUGCGAUGAAGUGCCUCAGCAUCCUCUCGCAGCGCAUCAAAGCCGAACCACGCCCCAAGUUAGUCGCCGAAAUCGUUCUACGCCGAGAGCAUCCCUUCGAGCUCGCGGGCCGCGAAGGAGGCCGCCCCCGAGGUAACAAUUUCGACGAGCACGAUGCCAGUGCAUUCUACAGCGUCUUAGAGCCCUUAGAGGACAUCAAGCGCAUUCGCUUCUCCCGGGGGACGGUAGCCACUCGGGACCUGCGCGGGCCCGACUGUGUGUCUGGUCUUCGCUUCGACUUUUACGGCCGGAGCCCAGUGAUCCUAGGCCAAUGGAUCGAAGAAUGCGAUUCGUUAGAUCUCGAGCUCGGCGAGGAGAUUGCGGAGCUUCAAAUCUAUCUCAACGCCGCAAACCACCCUGAACAGCGCCGAUAUCCGGGAUUUAGCAUCACAACUACCUUUGGACAGACUAAAACGGUGUUCGCUGCCCAGUCUAAUCUACCUGUCACCACCGUAUUACCCGCGUGGAGUAGCCCGAAGCACAAAUUUGGUGCCUUGGUUUGGGGUUUCACAGCAAGAUCUGACUGGUUCAGCAUCCGCUACGCAUCCUCUCAACUUUACUGUCAGAGCCCAUGGAGCGGCAAAGUCCGAGACAGUGGACCGGUGCGCAAGUUUUUCUGGCAGGAGACGGGAUUACGCGGUGCCACCGUCAAACUGCAGGCACUCGAAUUCUAUCUCAAAGAGUUUCGUACUGACGAAAUUGGCGGGAUCCGCUUCUGCUAUCAAGGCGGCAUUCAAAGGAGUCUUGGGAAGUGUCUCGGCGAGCCGUACACCGUUAGAUUAAGUGACGGAGAGCGUCUGACGCACGUCAUUCUAUGCUACGAGUACGACAGAGCAGAAGAGGAGCACCCACCGAGCGGUGGUUUCUUCGACAUUACGAGGUGUGGUGUAAAGUUCCGAACGAACCACGGCCGAGAUAUACAGGUCCCUGGCCCACCGCCUGGCCGGCAUGCGAAGCACACUGUCUUCCAUCUCGAAGAUGAUGGUCCGACAGAUGACAAUCGUAUCGAUGGCCUCCCGAUAGAUACGACUCUCAAGUACGUGCCAAAGGGGUACGACAAUUGUGUUGGGCUCUAUGCGUGGCCGGAGGCAAGUACGAGUCGUAUGGUAUUCAUUGCUGGGCCGAUUUAUGAAAUGAGAGAAUAG